CGUCCCGGCCCGGUCCCGGUUCCGGCCCGGCCCCGGUCCCGGCCCGGUGAUGGCGGCCCGGCGGCUCCGCGGCGCCCUCCAGCUCGGGGCGCGGCAGCGCCUGCGGGCCGCGGCGGCCCCGCCCGGCAGGCACGCGUUCCCGUGCGGGCUCCGGCUCUCCCGGCUCUCCCGGCCGGGCCCCCUGGCCUGGGAGCCCCGAGCUCAGCCCAGCCGGGGCUUCCUGAACCUCAGCAACAAACGCAAGGAGUACUCGGAGAGACGGAUCAUCGGGUACUCCAUGCAGGAGAUGUACGACGUGGUGGCCAACGUGGAGGACUACAAGAACUUCGUGCCCUGGUGCAAGAAAUCCGUGGUGGUGUCGCGGCGCCAGGGCCACAUCAAGGCCCAGCUGGAGGUGGGGUUCCCGCCUGUGCUGGAGCGCUACACCUCCAUCGUCACCCUGGUGCGGCCACACCUGGUCAAGGCCGUCUGCACCGACGGGCGCCUCUUCAACCACCUGGAGACCAACUGGCGCUUCAGCCCCGGCAUCCCCGGCUACCCCCGCACCAGCACCGUGGAUUUCUCGAUCUCCUUCGAGUUCCGCUCCCUGCUGCACUCCCAGCUGGCCACCGUGUUUUUCGACGAGGUGGUCAAGCAGAUGGUGGCCGCCUUCGAGCGCCGAGCGGCCAAAAAUUUCGGGCCCGAGACGCGAAUCCCGCGGGAGCUGAUGUUCCACGAGGUGCACCAGACGUGAGGGACAGAGCCGGGCCCGCCCCGAGCCCAAACCACCCCCCCAAAAAUAUUUAUUCAACCAAGUGCGUUUCCUCCGCUGCUGUUGCCUCAACGCCCGCCGGGGGCUGCUGUGAGCCCCCCUCCCCUAAUCCCAGGAGCUGAUUUUGCAGCUGAUUUGGGGUUUUAAGUUUUGGUUUGGUUUUUUUGGUUUGGUUUAUUUUUAUUUUUUUUUUUAACCCUUUUUUUUUUUUGGUUCUUUUUAAACUCCUCAGCCAGGCUGGAGGGCCCCGGUGGGGGCAGCUCCUGCUGUGCUCUGGGAGGGGUGGGGGAAAAGCUGCUGUGAGCCCCCCUCCCCUAAUCCCAGGAGUUGAUUUUGCAGCUGAUUUGGGGUUUUAAGUUUUGGUUUAGCUUUUUAUUUUUUCUUUUCCUUUUUUUUUUUUUUUAAACCCUUUUUUGUUGUUUUUAAACUUCUCAGCCAGCCCGGAGGGGGCCCCGGUGGGGGCAGCUCCGGUAGGAACAGGGGAGGGGGUGGGAAAAGCUGCUGGGACCCCUCCCCAAUUCCUCCCCAGGAACAAAAAAGGGAAGGAGGAGCCCCCCCCCCACCCCAAACCAUCGCACACUUUGCACAAGCCACACGCACAGGGUGGGGAGGGGGCGGCUCCCACUGCCCCCCCCCCGCCGCCCCCCACCCCCAGCACCCUCCGCAGGGACCCCCACGGUCCCCACCCCACCCCCAGCGACCCCACCCCUGUUUUGGGGGGGGUGGGGGGGGUGGGAAGGUCUCAGCUCCUCCCCACCCACCCCCCCCCCCCAUGGCCAUGGAGACCCCCCCGGGGGGAAGAGGGGGUCCCCGAGCCCCCCCUGGCCUAAGGAAGGAAGGGCUUGGCCAGGCCAAUAAAGAGAAUUUUCCAAGGGUCAGCA